AUGCCGCAAGAAGGGGAGCCGAACCCCACGCCGACCGAGACUCCGGCCUUUCGAUGGGAGUUUCUCGUAUACUUGAUCAUAUGCGGUGCUCUCGCCGUCUUCUUCCUCCUCUACUUCAACAGAGCCUUUGGAUCGCUCCUUUCGUGGGGCAUACGAACCUACACAUGGCAUCGCUACCGACUCUACAUAGACAUACAGGCCCUCCAGGUCUCGCUUCUUGGUGGACGUAUAUUCUUCACCGGUCUACGAUAUCACGGCAAUAACGAGACGUUCCUGAUUCAGCAUGGCUACGUUACAUGGCGAUACUGGCUACGGCGAGUGCGCGAGGUGGACAUAAAAGCUUCAGCACAACAGCAAGCUGAGCAGGCUUCUGCCGGGACAAACGGACGACACUCGAAUCUGCCCUGCCGAGUUACAAUGUCCCUGGUUGGCCUGGAAUGGUUCAUCUACAACCGGAGCCCUGCCUAUGACAGCGUUCUGGCUGGCCUCAAGGAGCCAACAGCGACUGCCGAGAACGUGUCGACCGCUUUCGAGUCCAAAGACGAAAACGCUUCGCUGAGAAACCGAGGACAGAGGACGACCGAGAAGCCGGAGCCGUCGCUAGAUUCCGCAGAACACGAAAAGCAGACAUCUGGCGCGGCUCUGCUGUCGAGAAUUGGCAACACCUUUGGACGCCGUGGAUCUUCGGCUAGUCAGACUAGUACCCCCUCCGAUGGCCCGGCUGGCAGCAACGAUGAUGUUCAGGCGGACUCGGAUUUGCCAUUUCUCCUGCAGCUCUUCCCCAUCUUUGUGACAUGCCAAAAGGCAGCUGUAGUCAUGGGAAACGACAACACCAAGGCCAUAUUGAUUGUCAAGGCCGAUGGGCUCUCUGGUGAAAUCGAUGCCUCAAAGACGUCCACUCCGGACCCGUAUAGGCAGAACUUCAAGAUCAAGUUCCAGCACCCAAUCGUAGAGAUGCGGGAGAACGACGACUUCAAGGAAGACCAGGCGACGAGGGCCAGCCGCGAAAAACAGGCAGCCCAGGAGCCUAGUCCUACGUACAAGACUUCAUUCUUCCGGCGGCAGAGACGCCGCACGCUGGGGACACUGCGCAACUUGGUGCCGUAUUGGCGGAAAUCCGUCGAAUCCUUCUCUCUGGGCUCGCGCAGUCCGCUCACCACCGCGGUGUCCCAAAUACCUGGCUCCAACCAGUGGCAAGGGUUAGCCCGCUACUUGGACGAAGAUGAGCAGGAUUCGAGGUUGCGGUGGGCAGGCGUCGAGUAUGCUGCCGAGUCCACCGUGGUAGACAGCCCCGAGGCGACGCUGACCAUCUACUGGGAUGUCGUAGGCAAGGUAACGGCCGAGGCGGCGAGCAGACGUUCAAAGGAGAAUGCUGCAACGUACAUCAACGGCGACGAGGCUCCCGGAUGGGGCAUGAGUCUUGCCAUCAACGGCGGCGUGGUCAACUACGGGCCUUGGGCAGACCGACACCGAGCGGAUCUUCAGCGUGUCUUCGUUCCCAGCUUGUCAAAAGACGCCGUUCCCGCGACGCCUUUGGAAGAGGGCGCCUACCGCGUUCCCACGCAGUUCAAAUUGUUUGUCGAACUGCUAGAUGAGGUGACGCUGCAUAUCCCUAUUCGAGAGGACUCGAAGAAUUGGAAGUGGAAGGGCAAAGAGCCGCCCAUGAAAGCUCCGCCUCAACCGAUGAAGCGCAAGCAGAGAAACCGUGCCAAGAAGAACACAAAGACAGACGCGGCACCCACCCGUCCCGGAGGCUGGCUCGACUUCAUCGUGCCUGGCAAUUCCACGAUAUCCUUCACCAUGGACAUGCUUGCCAGCCAAACGGGGUACCAGAUGAAGCUCGACGUCGACCUGCCCAGUACCGAGCUCGCGACCAGCGUGAACCACGAGCUUCUCUGGCGUUCAGGGCCUCAGCGUAUUUCCUGCGAUCUUUCCACCCCCCUAAAGUGGAAUACCCUCAGGACGUGGUACUUCAACAUCGUCACAGAACAAAUGGAACUCUUUAUACUGAGAGACCACGUCUUCCUCAUCAUUGACCUGGUCGACGACUGGGCAUCCGGGCCACCGGCCGAGUAUCUUGUCUUCACGCCCUUUAGAUAUUACCUCAAUCUCGAGCUCCGCGACGCAAUGCUUUACCUAAACGCCAACGACGGCAAUAUCAUCAACAACCCAACUGAUCUGGAGGACAACGCCUACGUCAUAGCCAAAAGCCCUUCCCUCAUUGUAAACUCGUGCAUCCCCAUUGACAAGUUCCGGCCAAGCAUGAAUACCGUACCCUUUGUUCUGAGUGCCGAGACGUUUUCGCUGUGGCUACAUGUGCCUCCGUGGAAUACGCAGGGCACGUUUCUCACAUCAAAAGAGAUCGGUCAUGGCGAGAACUUUGAGGUUGACGGGAAAUAUCACUACAACGCCACGACAUCGCCGGCCAACAUUGAUACCCUAGAAAUCAACCUUAGUCUCCAGUCCCCCACGGCAACAAUCUACGGAUUCAUCAUACGAUAUGUCUUGGUUCUCAAGGACAACUACCUUGGUGACUACAUCCACUUCAAGACGCUCGAAGAGUACCAAGACCUCUUGCAGCUCAAGGAAAGCAACCCGGAUGCAGAGCUCGCAAAUCGCCCACCUCCGAAAAAGUCCAACGACUUGGACGUAAUUAUGAGCGUAAAGAUUGACGACCUGCGCCUGCUGUUGCCUGCCAACCUCUAUUCCAGCCAGCGCAAUGUUCAGGUCGAGACUGCCGGCCUCUCCUUGGACCUCCGCUUCACAAACUACUACAUGGACCUGCAGGUCAAUCUCAACCCCCUGAACCUGUCUCUCGGAAACGCACAGUCAGGCUCGGAAACACCCAUCAGCGCAGUGUCCAGUACCCAGCUAUUCAUUGACGGCCUCACCAUCUACGGCCACCGUCUAUUCGGGCUUCCCCCGAGCGAGCCAACCUACAUGUGCAAUUGGGACAUUUCCGUCGGUACCGUAUCGGGAGAGUGCUCUGCCGACUUCUUGACGGCACUCAUGGGCGUGGGCAAAGGAUUCGCAUUCGAAUUCGACGAUGACGAGAACGCCUUGAUACCGCUCUCUUCCGUCAUUGUAUACGACGUCACUUUCCUGAGGGUGGCUGUUGAGGCGGUCCGCGUCUGGUGCCACGUCGACGAAGCGGCAUUCUUGUUCUCGACCGGUACCCUCGACAUCAAGUUCAACGACUGGGCCCGUACGCACUACUCUAGGCGAGCCGACAUUCGACUCCCGGAUCUUCAGGUCUCAUGUGUGAAUUCAGAAUCGGCAAUGAGACACAAAUGGAAGUCUCAGCACGGCGUCGAAACAGACGCCUUCUUCCAAGCCAGUAUUCGCGUGGCCAUUAUUGGAAGAAAGUUUCAUUUCUCUGAAGAGCGCAAGCUGCAGCAGGAGCUCAUCCGUCGCGAGGAUCAACGGGCUGGGCGAACUGAAUUUCUGCUUCUACCGGGCAUCUUGGAGGAAACGCUUCCUGACCAGCUUGACCCGCCGGCCCAGGGCUUCCCGCCGGUCCCGCACCCAACGGUCCUGGACGGCGUCGAGGGAGACCAGCGGUCUUUUGAUAGUCGUUCGGCCUUUAGUCGAUCUCGACCUCUCCGUCACAAGAGCUCGUUUCUAUCCACGUCCACCGCCUCCAGCACUAGCAGUGUGGUGAGGCCCAGAAGCUCUGUGAGAUCACGAGCAAAGUCUAGGCAGUCAGACAUGUUGCACCCGGACAGCUCUGAAGCAAAAAGGGGUGGGCAGCACCAGCGAGACGUUUCUACGUCGACCGGCCGACACUCGGCAUUCUACAGCGCCAUUGGAGACGUGAGAGAUGCAAGCCACCACUCGUCGGUGGCCUUCUCGAGCCAAUUCUACACUCCGCCGUUUCCCCUCGAGAGCGUUCGGCCUGAUACGUCAGAGGCUGUCAUGCAAAGCAUCGAGGAAGACGAAGCGUCCGCCUUUGGAUUCUCUGAAUUUGGUCUCGACGACAUUGACCCAGACUCUCUGACCGAGGAUCGUGCUCAUAACAGCAUCAUACUGGAAAUUCCGUCAGGCGUCACUGCGUUCUUGAACCCCUCCGCUGUCAAGAAUGUGUCGCUAUUACUCGCGGCGCUACAGCCGAGUGAUCCAGAUGAUAUCCUAGACGCACUACAAAUAUCAUCAAUGACGGAAAUCUUUGAUCUCCAAAAGAAGAGGAAGGUUGCCGGCGAAAUCACCGAUGUACUCGUCAGGGUCCCAAAGGCCAGCAUACGCUUCCUGAACUCUUCCACCGUCGACCGCAUGAACCCCGGCGGAGAAGAGCAGGACCAAUACGAUGUGACCGUGUCAAGACUAUCGCUGUGUCUUCGCUCGAUCGACGCAUGGAAGGACCCGUUGAAGCCCGUUGAGAGCAACAAGAGAACCUCCGUGCUGUUGAAGCUCGGAUCUGCCGAGGUGUCAGCCUCAGAACGGCUUUCAGGGGCUGAAGAGAACCAAGCAGCCUUUAUGGCGCAGAUUGAAAGCGUCAUGGUAUCACUAGGCUCAAAAGACGUCACGUACAUUGACGCAGACAUUGGCAGCAUCAAGAGCAGCACGGCAUCAGAAAAGAUCGAGUACCUUGCUUCACUCAUCCACAGGACCGGAGUUGUCGCUGCGGAACUGGGAGAGGUGCUGGGCCAGACAAUGUCUCGACACGAAGACCGCAUCAAACACUUCGUCUACAAGCUCAUGACCGAGGGGCAUCCCAUUGGUGACCCAUCCUUCUUGACUCGCCCAUCAGCAGUGUUGCGAUCUGCCGAGGAGCAUCUACGCACCUUUGAUUCGUGGAAGAUGGCUGCGAGACUGCGUCAAGUCUGGACACACCUGCCUGCGGCCUUCAAAGAAGACCUGCACUUGAGCUGCCUCGCGGCAUCAGCCUCGCCACCGGCUGAUGCUGCGCAGCGCGUUAUUGAUGCUUUCCAACGAUGGCGCAGCUGGGACCUGUCCGACGUGGCCAAUUCUUCACUGAUCAAGCAUGUCUUCGGAGCGGUAAAGGUGGACGACAAACCCGCAUCGCCCGAUCUGCCGAUCCUGGCCGCCCUGCGCCUCAAGGACGUCCAAUUGCUUCUCGACCCAGGGCCAAAGGAGAAUAGAGUCGUCUUCUCUGACUUGACGACGAGGCUGGAGCAAAAGGCAGUGCCAAACACCGAUGGAGCAGAAGAUGUGUCAAAGAACAUGACUGUUCUGAAUGUCUAUUGUGGCGAAGCUGCCGUCAUUCUCAACUGGGAACUGUGCGAGCUAGCCGAGGAUGUUUUGCGACUGUACAACAAAUCCAGCCGGGCUAACAAACCUCCUCAAGAGCCCAAGAGUGAGCCGAAAGUGGACAACACCUCAAAGCCGAAAACCCAAAAUGCAUUCCACGUUGUGUUGGCGGUCGGGCGAGGCUCCGUUGAAGUGGACACUAUCAACCUCAGCGCCACCUCUCUCGGCCACAACAUGAAAGUGUCUUGCCUGGUUGAUGCCUAUGAAACGACUGGCUCAUCCAUCAACUUCAUCCUCAGCUGCGAUGCAGUAACGUCCCGCCUCCAUCAUCGGUCGGAGCUGCUGGGCAUGUUCCAGAUCAAGGACCCAAGCAUCAUUGUUUCCCACGAGCUCUUAGAGACGGACACGACGUCAUGCCACACUAUCAAAUCGACGGCCAGCAGUCGCACCUUGACUUUUGCCGUGAAGCAAGAUCCCCUCUAUCUCGUAGAAGUCGCCGAUUAUCUGGUCAAGGACGAGUUGACUCAGAUACAUAAGCUCCAGAAACAGCUGCCAGAAUCUCCAGCGCCGCCCCGCAGGAACAGCAUCAAGAUUGCCGAGCGUCUGUCUUCCUUCAGGGUCAACGUCGCAAUGUUCCUAGACGAGUACCGCAUCAGUGUCCCAUUGCUGCAGUCAAUGACCUACAACAUCUCUGGCGUUGUAGCGCGCGCAGCUGUGGCUGCCAACUUUGGAAAGGAACUCAUAUUUGACUUUGACGUAAAGGAGAACUCUCACGAAGUCCGCAUGGACGUCAGAGACCGUCAGCGCAGCAUAUCGCUUCUCCGUAUCCCGCCGACCAAUGGUCGCAUCGUCAGUCACAUGGGCCAGGGGGAGCACUCGGUGUCGGUGUUUGGCUCUGUCGAGCUUAUGCAGCUGGACGCCUCUGCGGUCUACAGCCUUUUAACCGCUCUCAACCGACCCCAGAUCUCUAGUGCCGUCAACGAGCUUCAAGAGGGUACAAAGGCGAUUCAGGGCCACAUUAGCGAAAUCUUUGGCGAAAAGGCCAUCACCAAAGAGAAGCCGUCGCCGCCUGAACCCGACUCGAGUCUCAUCUACACCAUCCAUCUCACCUUGGCCGGGAUUGAAGUGUUUGGAAACACGCCCCUCGUGUCUGAAAAGGAUCCUACAGCGUGCCUCUCCUUCAAGCUGGACAGAGUGCACCUGGAAGUGGCCAACCGUCACGGGUCUCACGGGCCGAUCCUGGCUCAACCAGAACUACACAUCAACCUGCGUCAAAUUCUCAUUGAUGUGCAGAAGGGCAGGGACAACGCCAUGAGGUCCUGUGGCAGCCUCGCUCUCGGCGCUCUCAUCUCGAUGAAUACGCGGUGCACCGAAGACGGCACCGAAGAAAGGUCAUUCAACUUUAGAAGCGACGGUCUAGAGAUCGAGCUGUCCCCGGAAACCGUCUCAACGGUAGUGGCCGCUCUAGGCUACAUGGGUGACAAGAUCAAGGACCUCGAUACGUCGCGCGAGCUCGAGUACCUGCGCAAGAUCCGACAGACUCGGCCUCGCAUUGCCAUUAAUGAUCAGGAAGAGGCAGAGGAACCCGACAUCAUUGACUCGUUCUUGUCGUCGAUUGUGUACCGCUUCGAGGUGCGCGACACGCAGAUUUCAUGGCUCGUUGGCGACCCCUCGGACGAGCUACUACCGUUGGCGGGCAGCAAGGAAGACCUCAUUCUGUCCGUUCAGCUUGUCAGCUUCGGGACACGCCAGACCAAAUCAGCCAGGCUCUCCAUUGAAAACUUCCAGCUCCAGAUGGUCCCUCCCGGCCAGGACAAGAGUCUCAGAUCGCUUCACUCGGCGCUGCUUCCCGAGGUCGUCUUCAACAUCGCCUACGUGUCCAAUCCAAACACCCGCAGCUUGGCCUUCCAGGCAGUGGGCAAGUCGCUCGACCUCCGCCUGACCUCGGGCUUCAUCAUUCCUGCUGCGAUCCUCAAAGAUUCCAUCAGCCUUUCCAUGCAGAACGUGCAGAGAGCGUCUCAAAACUGGACUACCGGGACCGCACCGCCCAAGGUCGAAAAGGUGGACGAGAUCAAGGAACCGGCGCCACCGCAGAGAAGCAUACUCGGCACAAAACGGCUAGAGUCUCUGCUGGUGGACGCUGACUUUUCGGGUGCCGUGGUCUAUGUAUCAGGAAAGAAGCCAACAGACGGACUCCGUGGGAGCUCCAGGACCGGACGGCCUUCAUUGGCAGGCAAGUAUGGUCAGUUCAGCACGGAUGACACGGGAAGCAGCACUGUUCUCAGAUCACCAGGUCUGGCCUGGAAGUUCGAGUAUCGCGACAACGGAAACGAAGACCCUUCUUUGUACGGCGAGAUCAAGAUUGACGCCUCGAGCAACAUCUUGUACCCGUCUGUGGUGCCCCUCAUCAUGGACAUGACAACCAGCGUCAAAGAAGUCGUGGGCAAGGACAAGGAUACGCCUGCGUCAGCGGCAGCCCAGACUCCGGCAGCAGCGGCGAAGCCCAAGGCUGGCAAUGAGGAUAAUAUUCUCACUGCUGAUCCAAACGCCGUCAUUGGACGUCUGAAGCUGAACCUGGGACUGCGCAUCUGCCGUCAGGAGUUUUCGCUAAGCUGUCAGCCCAUUGCACGUGUGGCUGCCACGACUUGCUUUGACGAUAUCUACUUCACCGUCAACACGGUGCGCUCACAGGAACAAGGCAACUUCUUUUCCAUCUCAGGAGCCUUCUCCAAGCUGCAAGCGUCCGUCCAGCAUGUAUAUUCGCGAGAGUCUACAGGAAGCUUUGACGUCGACUCGAUCGUGCUGUCGCUGAUGAACAGCAAGCAUGUUAGCGGAACGAGCGGCGUGUCUGCCAUUCUCAAGGUCAGCCCGAUGACCGUCUCCAUCAACGCCAAGCAGCUUCAAGACUUUUUGCUGUUCCGCGAAAUUUGGUACCCGACGGAGCUGCGGAAUACCACGACGGCUCCGGUCGCCAAACUCAACACGGAAACAUCACAACAAGGCCACUUGGUGCAGAGAUAUCAGCAGGUGGCCGCCACAGCAGCGUUCCCCUGGACGGCGACCAUUUCGAUAACAUCUCUUGAUGUCAGCGUAGACAUGGGUCAGGCCAUUGGCAAGUCGGUCUUUGCCAUCAAGGAGUUCUGGGUCUCGUCAAAAAAGACGUCGGACUGGGAGCAAAACCUGUGCCUGGGCUUCGAAAAGAUUGGCAUAGACUGCACAGGCCGGUUGAGCGGCUUCAUCGCACUGCAAAAGUUCCAGCUGCGGACAUCCAUCCAGUGGCCAGAGCGAGAGGCGGCGCUCAACGAAACGCCCCUGGUACAAGCAUCCAUUGGAUUCAGCCAGUUCAGGGUGAAGGCCGCCUUUGACUACCAGGCGUUCCUCGUCGCCGACAUAACAUCUCUCGAGCUCCUCAUGUACAAUGUUCGACGCAGUCUCGAAGGCACCGGUGAUAGGCUCGUCGCCAUCUUUGACGGAGACGCAGUGCAAAUCUUUGGCACCACGACGUCGGCAGCACAGGCCGUAUCGCUCUACCAAGCGUUCCAAAAACUCAUACAGGAGAGGCGCGCCAACUUUGAAAUGUCGUUGCAAGAGAUUGAGAAAUUCAUGAGGAGGAGAUCCUACCAAAGCGCCGCCUUGUCUCCCCAUCUCACAAGCGCGCCAAAGCUUCCAGCCGAAGACACGCUGUCGAAAGCGCCCAUCUCGCUGGAUACAGAUGUUGUUGUUACACUUAAGGCACUGAACUUGGGCGUGUUCCCGAGCACAUUUUCGGAUCAUCAAGUGUUCAAGAUGGAGGCUCUCGGCGCGGAAGCGCGAUUCGCGGCCAGCAUCGAGCAGCGGCGCGUCCACAGCAUCUUGGCACUCACCCUCGGACAGCUGCGGAUCGGACUCGCGGGUGUCAGGAACAUUGAAGCGCCCAAGACGCUCAGCGAGAUCUCCGUGGAAGACGUUGUCGAGCGAGCCACGGGAUCGCGCGGCGGAACCAUUCUCAAAGUGCCCAAGGUCGGCGCCGUGAUGCAGACGUGGCAGACACCAAACCGCAACCGCAUCGACUACAUCUUCAAGAGCGCGUUCGAGGGCAAGGUGGAGGUGGGAUGGAACUACUCGCGCAUCAGCUACAUCCGCGGCAUGUGGGCGAGCCACGCCAAAUCGCUGGAGCAGACGUGGGGCAAAGAGCUUCCGCUCACGGCGGCGCUCACGGCGAUCAAGGUGACGGGCGUACCGGACGCCGACACGGAAGGGGGAGGAGGAGGAGGCGACGGGCAUGCGGGCGGGGGACCGUCGCAGCAGCAAAAGAUCACGGCCGAGGUCAACGUUCCGCAGUCCAAGUACGACUACGUUGCGCUGGAGCCGCCGAUUAUCGAGACGCCUCAGUUGAGGGACAUGGGCGAGGCGACGCCGCCGCUGGAGUGGAUCGGGCUUCACAGGGACCGGUUGCCGAAUCUGACGCACCAGAUUGUGAUUGUGGCGUUGCUUGAGUUGGCCGGGGAGGUGGAGGAUGCGUAUUCAAAGAUUCUGGGGUCAUGA